GGCGGCCGGCUGGGGAUGGAGCGGGGCGGCGUGCGCCCCCGGCCCUCCCUGGCUGCACGAAGCAGGCGCGGGUGCUCGGGGCGGGCGUCGCCCGGGAGGCGGGAGCCGGAGUCGGGCGGUUCGUUCGCGGGGUGGGGAAGGAUCUGGAGCCCCGCGUCGGGCAGAGCGACCUCGGGCCCCGGGAGGCGACGCACCGGCUUCGAGGGGCAUAUCCCGUCCGGGAGGCGGAGGGCGUCGCAUUGAUGGUGUCCCUCGGCUCGAGCCCGGGAGGAGCCGGGCGGGGGGCGUCUUGGGGCAAACGCCGGGAGCCGCGGGCCGGCGGGAGGGGGCGGCGGCCACCACACAAGAGGCUCCUCCCAUGGUGACCACACUGGCUGCUUUCGUUUCCUCUCGUGACAGGUGCUCGGUUGGUCUGUCCUGUCACAGCGAGGUGGCCUUCAUGGACAAGAAGACUGUUGUGCUUCGCGAGCUGGUGCACACAUGGCCCUUCCCGCUGCUCAGCUUCCAGCAGCUGCUGCAGGAAUGUGCUCACUGCAGCCGGGCCUUGCUGCAAGAGCGCCCCAGCACAGAGAGCAUGCAGGCUGUGAUCCUGGGGCUGACAGCCCGGCUCCACACCCCAGAGACCGAGGCUGGCACACAGCCUCUCUGCAGGAAGCAUGCCCUGCGGGUGCUGGACAUGACGGGCCUACUGGAUGACGGCGUGGAGCAGGACCCUGGCACCAUGAGCAUGUGGGACUGCACAGCAGCUGUGGCCCGCACCUGCAUAGCACAGCAGCAGGGCGGGACUGCGGAUCCUGGGCCAGCCCCCAUUCCUGUGGAGGUUCGUGUGGACCUGCGGGUGAACCGGGCCUCUUACUCGUUCCUGCGGGAGGCACUCCGGAGCAGUGUGGGCAGUCCCCUGCGGCUCUGCUGCCGGGACCUGCGGGCUGAGGACCUGCCCAUGCGCAACACUGUGGCUUUGCUGCAGCUGCUGGAUGCGGGCUGCCUGCGCCGUGUGGACCUGCGCUUUAACAACUUGGGCCUGCGUGGCCUGUCUGUUAUCAUCCCACAUGUGGCCCGAUUCCAGCACCUGGCCAGCCUGCGGCUGCACUAUGUGCAUGGGGACUCGAGGCAGCCCUCUGUGGAUGGCGAGGACAACUUUCGCUACUUCCUGGCCCAGAUGGGCCGCUUCACUUGUCUGCGGGAGCUCAGCAUGGGCUCCUCUCUUCUCUCGGGGCGGCUGGACCAGCUGCUCAGCACCCUGCAGAGUCCCUUGGAGAGCCUGGAGCUGGCCUUCUGUGCCCUGCUGCCCGAGGAUCUGCGCUUCCUGGCACGGAGCCCCCAUGCUGUCCACCUCAAGAAGUUGGACCUUAGUGGCAACGACCUGUCCGGCAGCCAGCUGGAGCCUUUCCAGGGUCUGCUGCAGGCAGCAGCAGCCACACUGCUACACCUCGAGCUGACUGAGUGCCAGCUUGCUGAUACCCAGCUGCUGGCCACGCUCCCUGUGUUGACGCGCUGUACCAGCCUCCGCUACCUCGGUCUCUAUGGCAACCCACUGUCCAUGGCGGGCCUCAAGGAGCUCCUACGGGAUUCGGUAGUGCAGGCUGAGCUACGCACGGUGGUGCACCCCUUCCCUGUGGACUGCUAUGAGGGUUUGCCCUGGCCACCGCCUGCCUCUGUCCUGCUGGAAGCUUCCAUCAAUGAGGAGAAGUUUGCUCGUGUGGAGGCGGAGUUGCACCAGCUGCUACUGGCCUCAGGUCGUGCUCAUGUGCUCUGGACCACUGACAUUUAUGGGCGCCUGGCCGCAGACUACUUCAGCCUAUGACCUCU